GAUGUGCGAAUUGCUUAGUGUUUAUUUUUAAAAUAUUCGUCAAAACAAAACAACAGAGUUUACAUCUAUCUGGAAAUAUAAAAACAAAUAAACAAAUUGCAUUGCUUAGUUGCCUUCGCAUUUCCACAAGCAAGAGGUUGAAGUUGUUAGCAAGAAGCGGGCUUAUUAUAGCAACGAACUUGGCCCCAAGCACUUUCCCGCCAAAUUUGCGGCGUCUGAAUUUCAUUGAUGAACUUGCGAAAUGCCAAUUGCAGUUUUUAAGUCCGUACGCGAAGUGAGCAGUGAAGAUGCGGUGCACGUGGCCGAGAACCUGCUGAAGGAGAGUGCCGGCAAAAAGUGGCGCACCAAGUCGCCGGGUGAAAAGUCCGCCUAUGUGAUCCUAGAGUUCGAGGAGCCGCAGCAGAUAACCGGCAUCGAUAUUGGCAACGAGCAUGCCGCCUUCAUAGAGGUGCUGGUCAGCCGGACGGGCUGCCAGACCGACGAUUUCCGGGAGCUGCUGCUGUCCAGCUCGUUCAUGACGCCCAUCGAGAGCAAGAACUCGAGCAACCAGAACCGGGUGCGCUGCUUCAGCGGCUCUGCCCUGGCCGAGAGUGUGCUGCCGGAGAAGUGGAAGCUGCUAAAGAUUGUCUGCACGCAGCCCUUCAAUCGCCAUGUCCAGUACGGCCUGUCCUUCGUCAAGGUUCAUGUGGUGGCUCCGCCAGCCAGCUCAGCAGCUCCUGCAAAGGUCAAAUCCCUGCUGCCCCAGGGAAUGAUGCAGUUUGGGGCGUUCAAGCUGCGCGAGGAGUCGCCGGACUCGGAGACGGACAAUCAGGUCACUCGCUUUCAGCGCUGGAAGAAGGAGUCGCAGCCGUCUGCCGUCUCCACGGCGGCAGCUAUACGGGAUGCGAGCUCCACAGCGCUGAGAAGACCAAGCAUUGGCAAGGUAUCCAGCCUGGCUGCGUCGCCCUCUGCCUCGCCCAAGCCCUCACCCAAACCAUCAUCUUCUCCAUCGCCUGUUUCCGUUGCCCUGCCACAGGGAUCCCCUGCUCCUUCGGAGGCCAAGCCCCUGGAUCGCAAUCGAGCUUCCCUUUUGUUUGGCGACGAUGACGAGGACGAGGCUGUGGAGGCGGGGAAUGCCAAGAAACAGCGGCUGAGCAAGCAUCUGGAGGCGGACAAAGAUCGUCGGCGUUUGGAGCAGGAAAAGGAGAGGGAGAGCAAGAAGAACAAGUCCAGCAGGUAUUCCCUGGACAAGUCCAGCAGCAAAGAGGAGAAAUCGUCAUCCAAAGAACACAAGAGCUCAUCAAAAGAACACAGAUCUUCCUCCAGGGAAGAGAAAUCAAAGACAAAAGACGACAGAACCUCGGCAAAAGAAGAGAAAUCAACAAAGAAAGAGGAGAGGUCCCAUUCAAAGGAGGAGAAGUCCGGCAGGAGGGAGGAGAAAUCUUCUGCUAGGCAUGAUACGUCGAAGGCCAGGGAAAGUCCUCGAUCAUCUGCGCAAAAACGUCAUUCAUCGCCCACGGCAGGCGCUGCCACGCCCGCCAAAAAACAAAAGGUCAAGGAGGCACCAAUCCAAUACCGUCCCUUCAAUCAGCUGCUAAGUGGAGUCUACCUGGUCAUCAGCGGCAUACAGAAUCCCGAUCGUGCAGAUUUGCGUUCGAAAGCCAUUGCUUUGGGUGCCAAAUAUAAAGCUGAUUGGGAGCCAGGAUGUACUCACCUGAUUUGCGCCUUUAAAAACACACCCAAAUACAAUCACGUAAGGGGCAAGGGAAAGAUUGUGACACGCGGUUGGAUCGAGAAGUGCUAUAAGCUGAGAAAGUACCUCCCCUGGCGGCGAUACGCUCUGGACACCAAUGAUCUUGGCCAGCCGGAGAGUGAUGAGGAGAUCUGCGAUGAGGCGACCAAGCCCAGUUCGCGACGCGAGUCCAGCGAGGAGGAUGUGGUUAUGAUGGAGGACAAGCAGGUGAAGGCUACCUAUGAUGCUGAACCGGGAGAUCAGAAGAAUGGGCAUUCACAUCAAGAUGCCUCGUCGGGCAUUGAUACGGAAGAUGAACUGGAGCGCGUUACGCAAGAGAACAACCGAAAGAAGGCCAAAGUUAAGACUCCGGUAAAGUCUCGCGAUGUUUACGAAGUUAGCACUGAUGAAGAGGAUUAUCUAGUGCUAAAAAAGAAGCAGUUGACUGCUGUCGAUUGAGUGCCAUUCGUAAUCUCAUAUUUUUUGUAUACCUCUAUAUGUUUAAAUUGUUUGUAAGUUAUCCUUGAAUCCUUGGGCGCCAAUUUAUUUAUGUUUGUGGGACAGUUUCAUUGUCCUAUUUCUUGUUAAGUAAAACUGCUUAAAUUAUUUUUUGUAGCGAAGUAUAAACGAAUAUUCGGCGAAUCCAAAAUGUUAUAACAUUCUUGAACGUAUUUGAACAUUUUUUUUUCGGCCUGGAACGUUUAUAAUAAAAACAAUAUAAAAUAUUA